GCGGGCUCGGAGCAUGGCGGUGCUGCGGCUCCUGCGGGCAGCAGCCCCGCGUCUCUACAGCACCGUCCCGGCCCCGGCCCCGGCCCCGGCCCCGGUCACAGCCCCGGUCACGGCCCCGGCAGGCAGCCGGCCCCGCGCUAAGGAUGACAAGCUGCUGACCGAGCCUCUCCGCCACCCCGACUUCUUCAACCUGAAGGAGCUCUUCACCCUGAAGGAUCUCUUUGAUGCUCGGGUGCACCUAGGCCACAAAAAGGGAUGUCGGCACAGGUUCAUGGAGCCCUACAUCUUCGGCUGCCGCCUGGAUCAGGACAUCAUCGACCUGGAUCAGACCAUGCAGCACCUGCAGCUGGCCCUCAACUUCACGGCCCACGUCGCCUACCGCGGGGGCAUCAUCCUGUUCGUCAGCCGCAAGCGCCAGUUCUGCCACCUGGUCGAGAGCACGGCGCGGGCGUGCGGGGAGUACGCGCACACCCGCCACUGGCAGGGAGGGCUCCUCACCAACGCCCACGUCCAGUUCGGCCCCGGCGUCCGCCUGCCCGACCUCCUCAUCUUCCUCAGCACCCUCAACAACGUCUUCGAGCCGCACGUGGCCAUCCGGGACGCGGCCAAGAUGAACGUCCCCACGGUUGGGGUGGUGGACACGAACUGCAACCCGUGUUUGAUCUCCUACCCCAUUCCCGGGAAUGAUGACAGCCCCGCGGCCCUGGAGCUCUACUGUAAGCUCUUCAGGAUGACCAUCAUCCGUGCCAAGGACAAGAGGCGGCACAGCGAGGCCAUCGAGCAGCUGCGGAGCAAAGCCCAGGGUAAUUAGAGCCCUAGGGAUGGGCUCGCUGCCUCUGCUCCAGUUAUUCCGUGGGACUGGCUCUGUGUCCAGAGCUUUUGGCACAGCUGGCUGGCUGGGGAAGGGACCCCGCAAGUCCUGUGCACGGCGAUCCCACAGCUGUGGAGGGUUUCUAGCUCUAAAAAAUUGUCCAGAGCAGUGCAAGGGAAAUUGGAGCCAGGCCAUCCCCUGCUCCUGCCCUUGAGUUUGUCACUGUUGCAGGGAGGUGCUGCUGUCCUGAGCUCCUGAUCUCACCCGAAACCACUUGUAUCUUGUGUCUCUUCUGAGCAAAUAAAGGAAUUUAUCCCCAUGA